UACGUUCAUUACCUGGUUAUCAGUCCUGAAUGUAUGCAAAUGUGAAUAAUCUUUUUCUCAUUCUGUGGGUUAUAGCUGCAGUUAGCCACGGUCAUCGGAUCGGGAGGAUGCGGAUUCCGAAUUUUGCCACGGUCAUCGGAUCGGGAGGAUGUGGGUUCCGAAUUCUGAAGGCAAUGCACGCCAUGCCGAUCUAUCGGCGUAUUGUGCGUCGGAGUGCCUCCUUCCUGACUUAGGAUUGUCUGAUAAAUCGGCGUGAUGCAUCCCGGCAUUGCCUGGGUUGUCCUGGUUUCAUGAUUUUAGCGCGUCAAGAACCAUUUCCGAAUCGCUCUGACUUCUAAUUCUGGCGAUGAUUGUCCUACGAUAGCCGCUGUGACAAGCAAUGUCACCCUGGUAAAACAACGCACCUCCCUGCGAGAUCUCGUGAUAUUUGGUAGCUACAAUCCAACCUUGCGUCAGGAAUUGGCGGAGGCGAAAUGACUUGGGACGAGGUUGAAGCAAUGUCAAAGGAGUCUACAUAAACCGGAAAUAGGGGCUGGUGUCUUUGAAGGGCCGCGCAAAAAAGCGAUUUUAGUCGCUACGACCUGCGAUGCAUCCAUGACAGCAUGACAAAUCAUUCCAAUUUUACUGAUCGCCGGCCGCAUUCCGAACACAAUCGUCGUUGCCGUGUUUCUGUCGCAGGUCGCAGCGAUUUUAAUCACUCGUUUACGCGGCGCUUCUGUGACUAAUAAGCGCGUUUACGAAACUUUGUCCGGGGCGAUGUGGUAUAAUAAAUUUCCUCAUACAAGCAUGAGUAGUGACAAUGCAAUGUGAGGUAGUAGACACAUAUCGACGAUUAACUUAACCUUCAAUCAAUUCUCCUACAUAGCCUCCCUUUAAUUUCAGAUUCACAUCUCUUCCGUAAGACUGUCAUUUCCGACAACCGAGCUUAAGAAUGACAUUGAGGCACGCGCAGUUGACGGAUAACCUCAGAAACAAUGCGAACUAUAUCAUUGCCAAUGUAGACGACGUUCACGUGGAGCAUAUCAUAGAGUUGAUGGAGACGGCCCUGCAGAAAUCAGACAAGGAGAAAGUGGUCAAGGCCAACUCACGCUCUGGAAGCGUUGAAGCCAUGGACAAGCUCUUUGGGUACCUUCCACGUCGGCGCGGAGCCCUACGUCGCUUCAUAGCCGUCCUUCGACACCAAGAUUUCAGCGGUAACUAUGACCACCUUGCCGAUGUGGUCGAGGGGAAAGCGCCCUCCAGCAACAAUGGGAAUAAACCAAUGGGACGUCUGCAUAAGCAACCAGCAUCUGCGUCUUUUCCACACCAAGUGUCCACCGAAAAUGAAGAGGAGGGGAAUCUCUGCCUCAAAAAUCUCACGACGGACAACGUGAUGGAACAGGCAUCCACCGGCGGUGAGCCCUGCACGUUGUACCUAGGAGGAGCAGGUCUUGGCAAUGGGCCUUACCAGGUGUCUACAGCCUUGUCUAGUACAAGUAGCGUGGACCUAAGUGAUCUGAAGAGGCGUGGCGAAGUACCGCCGGAGGAGGUGGAGGAGGAGGAGACCUGUCAGUGGUGUGAGGGAUGCGAGAAUGGCGCUCAUUUCUGUGAAAAGCACAGUAGUCUAGGAUGAACAAAGACAAAAUGAUAUGCAUAUAGUCAUAGACCUUUUAUGCUUUAAAAGUGGUCCUUGUACAUGUACUGGACGCUUACUCCAGGGGGACAUCUAAAGUUACUUUUCAAAUGCCAACCUUGGCAAUACCUUUCUGUGAAUAGUGUAAGGCA